AGUGCAGUGUCAAGCUUAAUCAUGAAAGGGUUACUGUUAUUUCUUGGCCUCGCCGUCGUAUGCGCAUCAGCGCAUAAUGUUGGCUUCAGGGUAAAGUUCAACGUUGGUUUCAACUUUGGCGGUGACUUCUUCUUCGAUGUGCCCCGUACUAUGGCUGCGGCCGUCAUCCAGCGCUGGACCCUGACGCAGCGCUCUACCAGUGUUCGGGCACCCCUUGUCCUGUACUGCCACUCCGACCUCAUUUUCUGCGCAUACUAUGAUGACAACGGCUUUGCAGCAGGAGUACAAGUAGCUUUACCUCAAGAUAAAUUCACCGAUGCAUUGUAUGACUGGACAACCCAAGGUUUCGUAGAAUGGGUACCUGCAUUACCUUCUGGAGAAAUUAGGAAGUUCUGGGCUAUUUCACAAUAUUUCGUAUCAGAAGAGUACCUUCAACUGAACGCAGAGGAUCGUCGUGCAUUGUACGAUUCCUCCAAGUUAUUGCAACAAGAUGCCAUCUGGUUGACCGGCUUCUACGGAAAUGUGGAUAAAGUAUCUAGUAAGACCAGUGACAUCGCGAACAGCGUCUACACCAAACAGGCCUGCAUUCCUUGGAUGGGUCGUCACUACUACUACAAUAUGACUGAAAACACCCCCUGCGCGGCUGAUACUAUGUACCCUUGGUUCCCACUUGUGCACGACGGCAAUUUAAUUGGUACUGGCUUCGUCGUCUUCGGAAAAUUGCCUAUCGAAGAAAAUGCACGUGACUGGUUUGAAAGACCACCUAAGCUAGCUGUCCAGGUUAUUGUUCCGGAUGGACCUAAAUGUCUUUACGAUUUGACUGAACAAGUUGGACUACUUACCAUGCACAUUUACUACAUCGAUCAACCCUGGACUUUGGGCUGCCUGUUCCAGUAAUUUCUAAUACUGGGAUGUGAUAAUGGGACACAAUCGAAUUUCCCUAAUUUUAUUUAUUUAUUUAUGUCUAAACUUUUUUAGUUUAGCGCAAAAUGUACAAAAUGUAUGUUAUAAGACUUGCAU